AGCUCACUCUUCCUGUUCUCAGCUUCCGUCCUCUCAGCUUCCUUACAGCACCGCCACCUGCCAGAGCUGAGCCUCCCUAGGCCCUGGCCUUAAGUCAGCCAUCGAUCCUUCUGGCCGCUGACCGUCUUUUUCCCCUCCAUGAGAGGAAGGCCGGAUCCACGUCUCUUGAGAGCUGAAGGUUGAGGGCACUGAGCCAACGCAUAGACCCUCACCUCUGCCCUUGAAGACAUUUGUGCCCUCCAUGCAGAGCCAAGAUGGGGAACAGAAGUGAAGAAGAUUAUAACUUUGUCUUCAAGGUGGUGCUGAUCGGCGAGUCAGGCGUGGGGAAGACCAAUCUGCUAUCCCGAUUCACUCGCAAUGAGUUCAGCCACGACAGCCGCACCACCAUCGGGGUUGAGUUCUCCACCCGCACGGUCAUGCUGGGCACCGCCGCUGUCAAGGCUCAGAUCUGGGACACAGCUGGCCUGGAGCGAUACCGAGCCAUCACCUCGGCGUACUAUCGUGGUGCAGUGGGGGCCCUACUGGUGUUUGACCUAACCAAGCACCAGACCUAUGCCGUGGUGGAGCGCUGGCUGAAGGAGCUCUAUGACCAUGCUGAGGCCACUAUCGUCGUCAUGCUCGUGGGUAACAAGAGUGACCUCAGCCAGGCCCGGGAGGUGCCUACCGACGAGGCCCGCAUGUUCGCUGAAAACAAUGGGCUGCUAUUCCUGGAGACCUCAGCCCUGGAUUCCACCAAUGUUGAGCUGGCCUUUGAGACUGUCCUCAAAGAGAUCUUUGCAAAGGUGUCCAAGCAGAGGCAGAACAGCAGCCGGACCAAUGCCAUCACCCUGGGCAGUGCCCAGCCUGGGCAGGAGCCGGGCCCUGGUGAGAAGAGGGCCUGUUGCAUCAGCCUCUGACCUCAUCUAGCACCGACCCUGUGCUACCGGCUCUCUGGUUAACAGCACCUCCCCAACCCCCAGUUCCGGGAGCUUUCCUUGCCCUGUGGUUCCGGAUGACAGAGUGGCCAGUUCCCCUGUUCACAGUCCUGCUGAGCUCUAAGAUCUUUACACUCCCCCACCCCCACCCCCACAUAUCUUUAUUAUCAUUCAUCCCCUCACAGACUAGGGUCUUCAAAUAAAGCUGUAUUUUGUAUCAA